UUGUCUGCGCUGCGAUGAUUCAAGGAAACAACUGUUAAAUCUGCAGUCGCAAGAUUUUGUAUUCAGUUCCAAGCUUGUAUUUUUCUGUUCAAUCUGUUGUUUGGAAGAAGAAGAAGAAGAUACUGUAACAGUCAGUCAUUGAAGACGGCAAUGGAUUUGAAAGAAACACCAGUUUUUCAUGGAUACCGCAUGCCUGCAGAAUGGGAACCUCAUUCUAUGUGUUGGAUCGGUUGGCCUGAACGUCUGGAUAAUUGGAGAGAUAAUGCAAUCCAUGGUCAACGUGCAUUUGUGGAAGUUGCAUCUGCUAUAUCAAAGUUUGAGCCAGUGACUGUUUGUGCUAGUGCUGCACAGUGGGCAAAUGCUCGAAGUCAAUUACCGAAAAGUGUAAGGGUGAUUGAAAUGAGCUUGAAUGAUUCUUGGCUUCGUGAUUCAGGGCCUACAUUUGUUGUAAAAGAAAGCAAAUCCACAAGUGACUCAGAGGCUAAGGUUGCUGGGAUUGAUUGGGAAUUCAACAGUUAUGGGGGAGUUGAUGGAGGUUGCUAUAUAGAUUGGAGUUUUGACAAUCUUCUGGCAAGUAAGAUUCUGGAUGUUGAACGAGUUGCUAAAUUUAAACACUCUAUGAUUCUUGAAGGUGGAAGCAUUCAUGUAGAUGGAGAAGGGACAUGUCUUACAACUGAGGAGUGCCUACUAAAUAAGAACAGAAACCCUCAUAUGAGCAAAGAAGAAAUUGAGGACGAACUUAAAGCAUAUCUUGGAGUACAGAAGAUUGUGUGGCUUCCCCGUGGACUAUUUGGAGAUGAGGAUACAAAUGGUCACAUUGACAAUAUGUGCUGUUUUGUGAAACCUGGAGUGGUUUUGUUGGCCUGGACUGAUGAUGAAUCUGACCCUCAGUAUGAGAGGUCCAUAGAAGCAUAUUCGGUUCUUUCAAAUGCUACUGAUGCGAAAGGGAGAAAAUUUGAAAUCAUUAAAUUGCAUAUUCCUGGGCCUCUUUGCAUGACGGCCGAGGAGGAAGCUGGUCUUGUUCAGGUUGGGGAGGCUAAAGCAAGAUGUGUAGACUCGGUACUUGCUGCUUCUUACAUAAACUUCUAUAUAGCAAAUGGAGCUAUUAUUACGCCACAAUUUGGAGAUCAGAAAUGGGAUGAUGAAGCAGUUAGGGUCCUGUCUCAUACAUUUCCAGACCAUCAAAUAGUGAGGAUAAAAAGUGCUAGGGAUAUUCUUCUUGGUGGUGGAAAUGUGCACUGUAUCACUCAACAGCAACCAGCAGCAUAAACUUUAUCUUAUCUUAUCUUAUGGUGGAGAAACAAUAAACAUAAGAUUAGGUUAAAUCUAUUGUUGUCAGAUAAGCUAUCUUGUCUGAACCUCAUAAUGUUUUCUGUAAAACUUAGAUUUCAUUUAUUCCUGCCUGUUUGAGGUUUGUAUGCUUUAAAGGGUAGAUGAUUUGUUUGGUCAAAAUUCAUGAUUUUUCACCUGAACUUAUACAAUUAAGCUUGUUUGUUGUGGAUUAUUAAUAAAUAAGUUACUAUCCUUUCAAUCUUUA